AAAUGGAUGCUGGGCAUUGCUGGGUGUGAAUGAACUAUGUACUGAAAACGAACACCUUUUAUUGAACUGUGUCGUGAGCCCAAUUAAUAUAGAAAAUCUGAUAUCGCCGUACAUUUUUUACUUAUAUAAAUAGUGAUAAAAGUGCCAUUGGAAACGUGAUCAAUCAGUUUAUAGAGCACUGGCUCAAUUCAGUAGUCACCGUGUCGAUAAUGUGUUUAUACGAAACUUUUGGUUUGGCAUUUAAUCCGCAGGUGGCCUUAGGAUGAGGCCUGUGACGGAAAUAUUGAAUGUCGAUCAAAAUCCGCGACUGUUUUACGAGCCACCAUUCUCCUUGGUCGGUGCGACAUGGCGAGAGUGUACGGACUAAAGUGUUGGUCGUUUGCUGUAUGAGCGGUCAGAAAUGAAAUGCAUAUACAGGAAGGAACUAACACAACUCUGACAACAUGUUCCAAAAUGACAGAAGAAGUAGACAGAAGACAUGGCGUAAAUGGUAACAGUAGUGGCAAGGGUGCUAGUGAAGAUGCUGCUGUGCACAAUUCUGCUUUCACUGGAACUGGUGGGCGGCUCAAAUUCUUCAAAGAUGGCAAAUUUAUCCUGGAGCUGGUUCGGGGAUGUGCUCGUGAGGGUGAACGCGCGGGGUGGGUGUCAGUGCCACGCAAGACAUUCUGGCCACCGGCUGCCGCGCCGCCUACGCCGCCAGCCGGCGCCCACCCGCCUUCCGCCUCGCUCAGUGUCUCAGACGAUAAUAGUUCCGUGCAAUCCUCGCCGUGGCAGCGUGAUCACUGCUGGAAGCAAACUGCUCCACGUAAAAAUGUUUCCAAAGAACUGGCUAUGUACUAUUGCAGGCCUAGUACGCUGCACAAUACUGCCAUCGAUGCAGUUAGUCGCGUCAAAAGAAGGAGACCUUACGACAUAAGUCACCUGGAUGCACUAGUCAACGGUAGCAACUCUAGGAAGAAUUUGAGUAAUGGAAUAUGCAACAAAAAACGGAAUGGCGACGUUGGUUCGCCGGAAGCCAAAAGUAAAAGCGAGGAUGCAGUUGAUGGGGUUGCAGUAAAGCCACGCACGACCUCAGAUGAUGAUCGAUGGACAGAUUUUGAUCGUGAGAAAUAUUAUCAUAUGAAACUUAAGAAACCGUAUCAGUAUCGUAAAUUAAGAGCGUAUAAAAAGACUAGACCGCUUAUACGGCGUAAACUGCUCACACGAAUAGUCGAUAAACUACGCGAGAAGAUUGCGUCACUUCCGGCACCAGUUAAUGUAAAGUUAGCGAACUGUCGACAGGAGCAUAUGAUGGUCUCUCCGAGAAAACGAAUUCUUAGAGAAUUGGAGAGAGUCAGUCUGGAAGAUCAAGGAACGAAACGGCGGGCUAAGACCGUACCUGCAUUGAGCACUGCAUCAUACCCUCCUUCGCCGGGGCCCAGCCAUACGUCGCAUAAACCACCAGUGGAGUCGCCAGCACGCUCCCACAAUGGUACGGUAUCGCGACGCGAAACCCCUGUUUCGAAGAAUGUCAGUAGUUACAGCAUACAUUCGUUGCUUAGUAUGCCAGAUGAGAGUCCGACACGGCGAUCACCCGAGGCGAAACGAUCGCCACACUCCUAUCCGCCGUCAUUAAAGACAGAGUCGCCAUCGAGCGUUAACUCCCCAGAUUUGAGCCCGAGCCCUGACAACUACCGGUAUCGGUAUUCAGCUUUGGUCGGAUCGCCCGGACAGGGGCCGAUGUCUCGCGAUUCACCAACACCGCCGCCUCCAGAAUUGGCACGAUUUCGGGGGUCGUAUGCCGCUCCAACGUCCCCAUACGGGAGCGCGGCAAGUACGAGUUCAAGUUCGCGGCAGUGGGGAGGAGUGGGAGUGGGCCCAAGCGGGCCUUACCGUGGCGGUGCGCGCGACGACUGGCGCGAGAUGGGCUACGUCUACCCGUACGGCUACGUGCCACCACUGUACCGGCCGCUGUGGGUGCACUACCCGAUGUCGCCAGCGGUGCCUCCGGGUCCAUGGGCGCCGCAGCCACACCCGCUCCUUACUAACCACAUACCUAAGGAUGAGCCCACUUCAGAUUUGCCACUGAACUUGUCGAAGCAUUGAAGAAGAGGCCGAGAUUGGCGCAAAUCUGACACGUGAGACUGAGCACACAAACAAAGAUUGUUCUUUAUUAAUGAGUUUGAUCUACUUUGCUGGACAAGCGAAUGAGAUUCCAUACACGAACUACAAAUUAUAUUUUGUAGCCGUAAUUUUUGAAGGGUGAUCAAAGAUUUAGAGUAAUGCAAUAUAAUAUUAAAUUAUUAAUAUACAUAACAAAUUUUGGCGAACAAGUUCGAACAGUAAACUUGUGGUGUCAUGCUAAAAUGUCUUAUUAACAUUCCAUUGUCAUUGUCACUAAACGAUUGGCGCGUGUAGAAGUCCAAAAAUUACAUCCCACCUAACCCAUAUUUAUCGUAGUUAUACGAUCUAAAUGUACUGUGACAAAUGUCUCUAUUGCAAACGAGCAAAAAAUAUUUUUGUAUAAAUUGUGGUUUUCGGACGACUGUUCGUUCGAUAAUCUAUUUACAAAUUAAUGUAUAUUACACUGAGAAGUUAUAUUUUAGUAUAGAUGUAUGUAUGCAGAGUCUUGUGUGUAUUUUCAUACGACAUAUUUGUACUGCUGAAAUAUUUUAAUAUUGGCUAUUACUUUAGGAUAAGAGAUUAAGACAAUCUAAAUACAAAAAUAAACAGUUUAUCAAUUGUUAAUAAUCAGUGCCUUGAGAGAAAUAAAGAUAUUAUAAACAUAUUUAUGAUCUAAAAUAUAAUCAUAAAGGAAUUCGUGGGUUCGUCCAAAUUUACUAAAAUAGUUCAUAAUUUGUGUAGCUAGUGCUCUACUCUUUAUGCAAUAUUACUAUUAUAUUUAAAAUCGAACCUGUUCCUUACUCAUUUGCAAAAUUCCAUAUUGUUUAUGUUCGAUCUCAUUAUUUAAUUUAGAAAAUAAAAACGAGAUAAAGACUACAGUUUUGGGAUCAAAUUUGGAUGUGUGUUUACGUAACAUGUAUAUUAAAAUAAGUGACAUUGUAUAUAAUUUGUGAAUGGUGUAUUAUUGAUGGAGGCGCGGCGUAGUUUUUAUCAGAGCAAUUAAUCGCUUACGAUAUAUCAGUAAGAAUUUAUUACCUUCAAAUAAUAAUUAUUGUAAUUGUACAGUAUUUUUGUAAUGAGUAUUUUAUUACAUAGGGAGACGGAGGGUGAUAUAUAUAGUAGGUUUUGUGAAGCCAACGCGCGAUGUAAAGUGCUUUAGGCAACGUGUGUGAUCGCGGGCGGAGUGUGAGUUACGCCGUCGCUUGACGUUGCCUCGCGUCACGUCGCGUAACGCCACUGCAGAGGAUAACUAAAAACAAUUAUAUUGUUCUUAGAUGGAUAACGUCCAUAUUCAUGGAUACUGGAAUAUUUUAGCCGUUACAUAGUAAUACAAUAAUUAUAAACAAUGCUGUGUAACAGUGACAUCGUUUUGAUCUGUGGUGGGGUGAAGGUAAUUGUAUUUUUUCCUUAUACUUCACGUAUUUGUUUGUAAUGUCUAAUACACUUUCCAGAUUGAGCUACUGUUUAAAUUAUGUAUGUAGUCCUGUGUGGUGCCACUUCGCUUUGCUACGCACAUACGUUCCUUAAGGACCUCGUAUAGGCUUUGAGAUUAAAUCAUAGAGGUAGUUUACUGCAAUUUAGUUGAAGUAUGGGGUUAUGUAUUAUAAGGAAAGUUAAACGAUGGUAAGGGACUGACUUCUGAUGUAAUAUUAUCAUUAAUGGAAUUGUAUAAAAUAGUUGAGUAAUCGGAGGCCUACUGUAACAAUCUGUCUGCCAACAAAGUUGACUUAGUGUAAAGUGUAGCUGUAAUAGAUGAUGCUCAAUUUAAUUCUGAGUACAGUUAGAUAACAACAAUAUUCCAAUGUUGUAAUGUUUUCGGGAGGGAACCUUAUUUAUUAAUUUGCAUAUUAUUUUUACUUCCUACGAAGCAUAUACAAUUUUUUUAAUUUGUAAUAGAUUGUGUAAAUUGCGUUAGCUUUAAAGUAUUUUUCAAAAAUACUGUAAACAUGCUAAUCAAGAAUCUGAGUAAAUGUCAAUGUAUUUUUCAAUACUUUAUAUAAUAUAUAUUA